AUAUGAAACAGGGCUUCGCGCGCGCGCCCUCAACCAUUGGCGCAUGCGCAAUGUGAUGGAGGGGGAUGGUGCAGGAGGAAAGCGGGAGAGUUUGAACCUUUUCUUGCCGAUUUGGUUGAGCCCUGAUCGGAGCCGCCGCCGCUGCUGGUCGUGCGUGGCGUGAAGCUGGAGAAUGCGUCCCACUGCUAUGCGGGUGCGCUCCGGGAACGAGCCCGCUGAGCGGAUGGAGCCGCCUCCUGAAUGUCCGUGGACGGAGACGCGGAAGGCUUUGGGGCGGCUGCAGGAGACACUCAGCUGCUCCCGAUGCUGUGGCAUUCUGAAGAAACCUGUGAAUCUAGGAGGUUGUGAACAUGUUUUCUGUCUAACGUGUGUGGGUGACUGUGUUGGUAGGGCGUGUCCAGUGUGUCACACGCCAGCCAUGGUCCAAGAUGUGAAAGUAAACAGGCAGCUGGACAACAUAAUCAAACUGUAUAACAAACUGCAGAAUCUACAGGGCACAGACUUCUCAGGUUCGGUAGAUGACCUGUCUAUACCAGGAGAGGUAGUUUGUGAGGCAGAAACUAAGAAGCAAAUAAAAAUGUGGUUCAGUCCUCGCAGUGGGAAGAUGAGAUUUGUCCUAAAGAGAAGGCCAAAGAAGCCACAACAGGCAGUGACAAGCAAGGAUAGCAAGCCUCAUGACCCAACAUCUGCUUAUGACUUCUUCCCCUCCCCUCCUCAUGAAAAGCUGUUGACAGAGGCUAAGAAAUCCCAACCAAAGUGUAAGAAAAAGCCAAGGAAGAAGACCUUAACAGACAUCAACCAACAAUGGGGAUUGGUCAUGGGAAGUCAGAAAAACACCACCUGUGGACAUGAGAAGGAGAGCUCAGGUCAAACCAAAGAAAAGCUGGUGUCAUUUUGCAGCCAACCAUUAGUGAUCCCCAGUCCAAAUCCAGAGAGCACAUCCAGGGAUAAGUCUGUAAUGAAGAUGAAGCUUGCAUGGAAUGAAAGUGAACUUGAUAUGGGUGUUAUUGUAUGUGGAAAACCCACUGAGAAGAACAGCAAUGAUAAUCUGCCUUAUACAUGUGAUAUCUCUGAGGAGAACCCAACUUCUGAAGAGUGCCUCCUCUCUGGUGGGGAAAUGUCUCUGCUGAAGCGUGGGAGGCAACAAACUGGGUCUCCUACUUCUUUAUCUAAACGUUCCAGAAGGAAAGAGCAGAGCCCCAGUGGGGACUCCUUCCACAGUGAUAUUCUCCCAAAGCAAGCAUCAGAAGAGUCCCGUAAUAAAACGUCUCCCACUACUGACUGCAUAAGUUCUUCUCCAUCUACAUUAAUCGCCAGUGCCUUAUUAACACAAAGGAACCCUGAGGACUUCCAGAGUGCAAGAAGCCCCAUACUGCCAGAAACACCACCUAUAUCCAGUAAUCCUGCUCGAAAAGAGGCACAGCAAGUUGUGCCUUUCUCUAACAAAUCUCCCCAUAACUUGUCAGCCAAGAGAAAUCGUAAAGGGGAGACGUUACUCCACGUUGCUUCCAUUGAGGGGAACCUUCCUGCUGUUGAACAUUUACUGAAAAGCGGAGCAGACCCCAAUGUUAAAGACUAUGCUGGAUGGACACCGUUGCAUGAAGCUUGUCAUCAUGGACAUAAGGAGGCCGUAGAGCUGUUGUUGCAACAUGGAGCACUUUUGAAUGCGACUGGAUAUCAAAAUGAUGUGCCACUUCAUGAUGCUGUCAAGAAUGGGCAUACAAGGAUUGUUGAAUUGUUGCUCUUACGUGGAGCUUCUCGAGAUGCAGUUAAUAUAUUCGGUCAGAGACCCAUGGAUUAUGCUGAAACAGAAGAGAUGAAGUCACUUUUAAUGCUACCAGUGAAGAAUGAAUCCUCUUCAAUUACUCAGUGUGCAGAACAAAUAAACCUAAAUAAUCCUAGAGAUGGGCCCAUUGUCCUUCUUGGAAGUGGUCUUGAUCCUAUUCAGCAACAGUUGUUGAGCAAACUGGCCGCAGUUCUGAAGGCUAAAAUAUGUACAACAUUCAACAGUGCAGUGACACAUGUUGUAAUCCCCGAGUAUCCUGUGCGAAGUACUAUGAAGUGCAUGCUGGCAGUUUUGACUGGGUGUUGGAUCUUGACAUUGAAGUGGGUAGAGGCAUGUCUGCAAACGGGAGCUAGGGAGCAAGAAGAGAAGUAUGAAAUAGACGGUGGGCCACAAAGAGGUCGGCUGAACAAAGAACAGCUGUUGCCGAAGUUAUUUGAUGGCUGCUACUUCUAUUUUCUGGGAACAUUUAAGGAGCACAAUAAAGAUGGCCUCAAAGAACUGGUUAAAACUGGAGGGGGUCAGAUCCUUGCAAGGAAACCCAAAUCGGAUAAUGAUGUGACACAGACAAUCAACACCAUAGCAUAUCAUGCUGAGAUUAAUUCUGACCAGAGUUUCUGCACACAGUAUAUAAUCUAUGAUGGAUCUUCAAGCUACAACCCAGAAAAAAUCCGUCAAGGGAAAGUUUGGGAGGUGCCAGCUAAGUGGCUUAUAGACUGUGUGGUAUCAUUUCAGCUCUUACCUGUUAAGAAAUGAAUUUCCUGACAUAAAACUAGAAUCAUUUCUGUAGCCCUGGUUUUCAACAAGAGACUGAAACUGUGUGCAUAGAAACCAUUAUGAAACAACAGUUUAUCUUCAUUUUACACCUACAAAAUCUUUUUUUUUCUAGCAGGGGGAAAGACAGUGAGAUCAGAUUCUUCUUGUUAAAAAUCUCAAGCAUCUGAACUGGUGUGUAUUACUUACUGAGAGUCAUUGGUUGACAUCCUGCACAGUGUCCCAUGGGUGUUGUCAUCCUGUAACAGCAGCAUCCAUGCAGUUGUGCAAGAGCACUGUUGUGCAAACACUGGAAUGACACAAACAUAGUUGUGCAAUUUGAACGUUUGUGCAGUAGCACUCUGAAACUGCAUGAACGCUGCUGCUAUGAGCAUGCAGCCAUUCAAAUGGUGCUGACAGUGCCCAUGGGAUGCUUCGCAGGAUGUCAGUCAAUAACUUUUUAAGACUCAUAAGUGAAUAAAUAUCUGACAUCAGACCCUGACAUGACAGGUGGAAAUCCAGAAUCUAUCUGUAUUUUUGUAAGUAAGAGUUUUUAAAAUGGACUUUAUUUCUAUGUGCACAACUCGAUGCAGGAUUGCAUCAGAUUGAAAAAGUCAGCCUGUUCUAAAUAUUCCUGUACACUUUUCUUUAUUGGGCAUAUUUACUGGACUGCCUAGAGUAACCUGGGUGAGGUGGUAUGAAAAUCAGAUAAAGAAAUAUUUGAGGAAAUUGCCAUUUUUACCCUGAAAUCCUCCUCCUCCUCCCUCCCCCCAAAGCUCUCUGUCAAUAUUGCCCUGAUUACUGUAAUUCCUUUAUUGGGCAAACCUUAGCAAGCAAAGCUACAAAUUGCCUAUUUAAAACAAUUAUUAAGUCAUUUGUAUAUAGUAAAACUGAUACUGUCACUGAUUUUGUUGACUUCAGUAUUAUUUUAAUGUCUGUAAUCAUGGUAUUCCCAUGUUUCAUAUAAUGUAUUUUCAUAUAUUGUAUGUCAGUGAUAAAUCAUGAUUGAAGCAACUAUAA